UGCUACUUUGAUGAUCAUUGCCAAUCAAGAAUUCAUUCGCAAAACAUGCAAAAUGCUUUGUUUAGCCGAUCUGGAAGCCCAUGCUAAGGAGGUACUCGACAGAAAUGCCUGGGGAUACUAUUCUUCAGGAGCAGAUGCUGAACAAACACUCGAGGACAACCAAGAAGCAUUCAGCAGGUAUCGUCUCCGUCCCAGAGUGCUAGUUGAUGUGUCCAAAGUUGACACCCAGGUGGAGCUAUUUGGAGGAUGGGCAGAGUUCCCGAUAUGUGUAGCACCCACAGCCAUGCAGAAAAUGGCUCACAUUGAUGGGGAGAUUGCUAAUGCUAAAGCUUGCUCUAAGUUGGGAACUUGUAUGACUCUCAGCUCGUGGUCUACUGCGUCCAUCGAAGAGGUUGCUCGGGCUACCGGAGACACUGGAUUGAGAUGGUUUCAACUGUAUGUAUACCGUGAUAGAGCCCUCACAAAGUCUCUGGUUCAAAGAGCAGAAAAAGCCGGCUAUAAAGCUCUUGUUCUUACAGUGGACACUCCUGUACUAGGUCGAAGAUUGGCUGAUGUUGAAAAUCGAUUCACCCUACCUCCCUAUCUAAAACUAGCAAAUUUCUCUGCUUUUCAGUCAUCCAAUCUCCAAACUGACAAGCAGGACUCUGGUUUACAUUUGUACACUCAAUCGUUGAUUGACCCAACUCUGAGUUGGGAGACAGUGGAUUGGUUGCGAGGUAUCACUUCUUUACCGAUCGUGUUGAAGGGUAUUGUGACCAGAGAAGAUGCAGAGGAAGCACUCAGACACAAUGUACAGGGGAUAAUAGUGUCCAACCACGGAGCUAGGCAGUUGGAUGGUGUCCCUGCCACUAUUGAUGCCCUCCCUGAGGUGGUGGAGGCUGUGGGGGGGCGGCUGGAUGUCUUCCUGGACGGUGGUGUGAGACACGGCACUGAUGUAUUUAAAGCGCUGGCUAUGGGAGCCAGAGCUGUGUUCAUAGGUAGGCCCAUCUUGUGGGGACUGGCCUAUGACGGACAGGCUGGAGUGGAGAGAGUCCUGGAACUUCUCAAAGAUGAGCUCCAGAGGACAAUGAAACUAACAGACAUGGUGAAAGAUGAGUACACUUUUGGAAGGGGUGAGGAAUGUGACUAUUGCUUUGAGACCCACGGUAAGUCAAACUCUCACUACCAACAGUUGAGCAAGACACACUUCAGGAUCUUUAGGGAGAAAGAGAAAAAUAAUCCUUCUAAGUAUAUCGUUUUUGUGGAAGAUAAAAGCACUAAUGGGACGUUUCUAAAAGGAGAAAAAAUUGGCAAGAAUAAGAAGCAAGUGGUGAACAGUGAUGAUGAACUUGCUCUAGCACUAAAGAAGAAUAAAGCUUUUAUCUUUAAUGACUGCGCUGUCACCUCAACCUCAGACUCUUUACCACAAGAACUCACAGAGAAAUACACAAUGUCGAAACAACUAGGCAGAGGUGCGUGUGGUGAGGUGAAGCUAGUAUUUGAAAAAGAGACGUGUAUGAAGUACGCUGUCAAGAUAAUUAAUAAAAAUACCUUUUCUGUCGGGCCGCUGGGUAGAUCAGUGAAAGAUGAAGUCAAGAUACUCCAAGCCUUAAAGCAUCCGUGUGUGAUCCACAUAGAGGACGUGAUCGACAGUCCGAAUGCACUCUACAUCGUACUGGAAUUGGCGGAGGGCGGUGAAUUGUUUGAAAAAGUGAUAGAGUGUGGCACGUUUAGCGAGCCCCUAGCCAAGCUAUACUUUUACCAGCUGAUAUCUUCUGUCAAGUACCUCCAUGACCAGGGAAUAACUCAUAGAGACCUUAAACCUGAAAAUGUGCUUCUUGCCAACGAUGAUGACGAGACGUUGAUUAAAGUGACCGACUUUGGCCUGUCAAAAUUUGUGGGAGAAAAUUCUCUCAUGCAGACACUGUGUGGUACCCCUAGCUACCUAGCCCCUGAGGUGCUGCAGACAGCUGGCACUGGCGGAUACACCAAGGAAGUGGACUGUUGGAGUGUGGGUGUCAUCCUCUACAUCAUGUUGGGAGGCUACUCUCCUUUCUCAGACGAUAAGUACACUUUACACGAUCAAAUCUGCCAAGGUCGCUAUUCUUUCCCUGAUAAGUUCUGGAAGAAAGUCUCGAAAGAUGGCAUUGACAUGAUCAAGCGAUUACUGACGCUCGAUCCCAAAUCUCGUAUCACAAGUGCAGCUGCUCUUGAGCACCCCUGGCUACAGGAUGAAGAGAUUAUUGCCAAGGCUGAGAAGCUAAUGAGCCGUUGUAACUUCAAACCCAAUGCUAAACCCUCUAGCAUGUGUCCACCAGCUCUUCCUGCGACUCGAAAGAGGUCUGCUCCGAACAGUGAUGAUGAGGGUGUAGCUAAACCAGCCAAGCGAGCCACUGUGGACACUCUUUCCCCAACAGAAGAAGCACCCUCCACCACCGAGCUAUGUGCUGAGUCAGUGAAUAGACUUAAUAAGAACAAAUCUAGUGAUAGUACUUGCUCAGUUACAUCUAAUGAACGUUAAAAGUUAAUAAUUUUAUACAGACAAUCAAUAAACUUUGAACUCUAAUGCAGAAUAGCGCAUGCGCAUCAAGUUUCACAACCACCACGUGUGAGCUACUAGUGAAGAACAUCUCUUGUGUGUUUGUGUUAUAGUGUUUGAAUUGUAAAGCCGGAGUACAGUUGUUUGAGUACUGAGAUGGCACCAGGCGUUUCUAAACAG